GACAGAAGAAAACAAUUUGAGAGAAUGCGGAGGCUGGAUUCAGAUCAGAGGCUCUGAUACCAUAUCAGAGUUUGAAAGAGAAGGCAAGAGAAGCAAGACUAUGCUGCCAGAAUAUGCCUGAGAAGAGAAAAGAGAAAAGAAACGUAGAGAAUUUUGUGUGUAUUAUAUUUUGUAAAUCUGUACAAUAGCCAAUUUAUACAAUUGUGUAAAUGUAAAAAAGGAAAACAAUAAAUACAAAAUCCCUGUAAUUUGUUCCAUCAAUCACAUGAAUUGAGGUGAUUGAUUGAACCUUAAUUUACUCCCUAAUCUCAGCUAGCAGAGAUCAAGGGAAAAGAAUCAUUCCAUAUUUCGGCCACAACCAUUCCCAACGUGUUUUUGAGGAUCUCAUAUCUGCAAUUGUCCCCUGUUGGCUAUUGAAAUCUAACAACAAGGACGAAUUGCUUCAGGUUUUUGUGAAUGUGUUGCCUGAUGUUUCUAAGCACAGAAGGCUGUCAAUUGUUGUCUACCUAUUAAGGACUUUGGGAGAAUUUAAUAGUUUGGCUUCAUUGCUUGUCCUCCUUUUCCGAUCCUUAGUUUCAAGGAAAGGAUCAUCUUGCCUCGGUGAUGCACACAGUUCAGAUAAUUUUACAUCUUCGCACAAAGAGAGUAUGCUUUUGCUGUGCAAAUAUGUGAGCAAUAUUCAUCUGUCAUAUGGCUUCCUUCGUUUGUUAUGAUGCUUCAACAAAUAGGGAUUGGUAAUUUGGAAGUAAUUUUUAUGGAAUUGCUACUUGCAAUGCAAUUCGUUUUGCACAAAAUGCAAGAUCCAGAAUUUGCAUUUAAGCGUGAAUUAACUGAAGAUUCAGAUAGCAUUCAGAGUAAACUUGAAGAACUUAUGGAGCAGAUUGUUUUCCUCUUACAAUAUGUUGACAGACGAAGAAAGCAACUAAGUGUUCCUGUUGCUAUUAGAAAAGAAUUGAAGGAGUGUAUGCAUGCUGUCUUGAGGAAUAUUACGAUGGUCAUGAUCCCCUCUGCAUACUUUCAAAGCAUCAUUAAUUUGCUUAGGAAUGCUGAUGGCAAUGUGAGAAAGAAGGCUCUUGGGCUUUUAUGUGAAACAGUGAAGGGUCAUGUGUCAGUUAAACCAAAGCACAGGGGGAGAAGAGAACUGAAUCCAAAUUCAAGUAGUCAUUGGCUUAAUCUGGAUGAGAAUGCUUUUGAAUCUUUCAAUAGGAUGUGCUUGGAAAUUGUUCAAAUAGUUGAUGACUCCGUUGUAGAAUCAAAUGUUUCAUUAAAAGUGGCUGCAGUUACAACUUUAGAGGGUUUGGCCAAUGGGUUUCCUUCUUAUCAUUCUGUCUUCAACAUGUGCUUUGCAUCUGUUACAAACAGCAUUAGUUCACAGAACCUGGCUAUCUCUUCUAGCUGUCUCCGAACAACUGGUGCUUUGAUCAAUGUGCUUGGGCCAAAGGCAUUGGUGGAGCUGCCUUGUAUAAUGGAGAAUGUGAUAAAGAAGUCACAUGAAAUCUCUACCACUAUUGACUUAAAAAAUGAUGCUGAUGAUAACGUAGCUCUGAGAGAAUCUCUGAUGGCAUCUAUUCUUAUCACCUUGGAGGUGGUGUGGUGAUAGACAAGCUUGGUGGUUUUCUAAAUCCAUAUCUUGGAGAUAUUACAGAAAUUUUGGUGCUUCGUCCUGAAUUUUUGCUGAGAUCAGAUCCAAAACUGAAAGUGAAAGCUGAUGCAGUUCGAAAGGCUCCUCACUGAGAAAAUCCCUGUUCAACUUGCUCUGCCACCUUUGCUGAAAAUAUAUGUUGGUGCUGUUGAUGCUGGUGAUGCAGGCUUGGUAAUUGCUUUGGAAAUGCUAGGAAAUGUUGUUGGGAGAAUGGAUAGAUCUAUUGGUGGUUUCCGUGGAAAGAUUUUUGAUCAGUGCUUGAUUGCUCUUGAUCUUCGCCGCCAACACUGUGUUUCGGUUCAGAACAUUGAUAUUGUAGAAAAGAAUGUCUUCACAACAAUGAUUGCUCUUACAAUGAAAUUAACGGAGACUAUGUUUAGGCCUCUUUUUAUCAGAAGUGUAGAAUGGGCAGAGUCAGAAGUGGAAGACAUUGUCUCUAUGGGAAGCAAAAGUAUAGAAAGGGCAAUAACUUUCUAUGGCCUUGUAAAUAACUUGCUGAGAAUCACCGGUCUUUGUUUGUCCCUUAUUUCAAGUACUUACUUGAGGGUUGUGUUCGGCAUCUUACUGACACUGGAGAUGUAAACACUGCUAAUUUGACUCGU